CUCGUUUGGAUGAGAUAAUAAAAUAGUUUAUCACUCUUAUCCAUUAAAUAUCAGUAGUCAUAGUGAGAGAAAAGAAAAAAAUCUAAUUUUCACAUUAUUUCUAGCUAUUGAGAAUUGAGAUCGAAAAAGAAUAUUACGUAGUUAACAGUUAUCCUGAUGUCAGUCACAAUGUUUGGAACUUGCCAGAAGUUACUUAAAGCUUAAAAUAUUCUCAACAUUUUUUCUGUAAAGAAUCGGAUUCAUUUUUAAAAAUGACUUCCAAGUUCAGACAGAGUUUCAAAGUUGUCGACAAAGCUCUUUUACGAUGGUUCCCAGGCCACAUGGGGAAAGGCAUGAAACAAAUGCAGCAAAAACUGAAAUCAGUUGACUGUAUCAUUGAAGUCCAUGAUGCCCGAAUACCACUUUCUGGCCGUAAUCCAGAUUUUAAAUACUCGAUUUCUGGAUUGAAACCUCACAUUUUAGUAUUGAACAAAAUGGAUUUAGCUGAUUUAAAUUACAAGCAAGAAGUUGAAGAAAAAAUUAUGCGUGAACAGAAAAUAUCAAAAAUUAUAUAUACAAACUGUAAAAAUUCUUUAUGUCCAGGUGUAAAACAAAUUAUGCCUACUGCAUUAAGUUUAAUUAAAGGAUCAAAUAGAUAUAAUCGUUCUGAAAAUAUUGAUUCUCGAAUAAUGGUUAUUGGUGUACCUAAUGUGGGAAAAUCAUCUUUAAUUAAUUCUAUUAGAAAUACAAUUCUUGGGAAAAAAAGUGCUGCUCCUGUUGGAGCAGUAGCAGGUAUUACUAGAGCAGUUCAACAUCAAAUUAAAGUGAGCCAUGAUCCAUUAGUUUAUGUCCUUGAUACUCCAGGAGUAGUUUCUCCAACAAUUAAAAAUGUUGAAACUGGAUUAAAACUCGCAUUGUGUGCAACUCUACAAGAUCAUCUUGUUGGUGAAGAAAUAAUUGCUGACUAUUUAUUAUACUGGUUUAAUAAGAAUAACCAUUUUGAUUAUGUUUCAUACUUAAAUUGUGAUGAACCUACUGAUGAUAUACGAAUAGUGCUAGCAAAAGCUGCAAUUCAUCGCAAGUCUAGUAUCAAGUAUCUAAACUUUGAUGGAUCUUAUAUUUAUCGACCUGACAUGCAAGGAAUGGCAAGAAAUUUUCUAAAUGCAUUUCGUACAGGAGUAUUUGGAAAAGUACUUUUAGAUAAUGAUUUAUUGUAAAAUAGAAAAUAAAAAUAAAUGAAGAUUAUUUACAUUUAUAAAUUAUUAUUUUUUUAUUUAGAAAAAAUACAUAAAUUCUUUGUAUGUAGGUUUUAAUAUUUUAGUUAAUUAUAUUUGUGUAUUGUUAGUAUGAAAUGUAUUAAAAUCUUAAAGAUAAAGUUGACUUUAAAUUUUAGUAAGUUAUGCAUGAAAUCAUUCUUAAUCUGGUAACUUUUUCUAUUAUCAUUAAGACUCGACAAAUACCCAUUGUUUAGCUGCUUUCUCAACUUCAGUCUUGAAAUAAAUUCAACCUUUCAAUGUAAAUACACAUUUCUACGAUAUUA